UCUCAUUUCAACUUUUUUCCUGCAGGAAUUUAGGCAGAUCAUCUGGGCAUGGCAGCAGAAACGAUGAUGACUGGGAAAUCGGUACUAAUGAUAUGUGGAGAUUACAUGGAGGACUAUGAGGCCAUCGUCCCCUUCCAUGUCCUUCAGGCAUUUGGCAUCCGCGUCCAUUGUGCCUCUCCCAACAAGAGAUCCUAUGAUACCUGCAUUACUGCUGUUCAUGACUACAUGGGCCAUCAGCUAUACACAGAAUUGCAAGGCCAUCGCUUCACCCUCAAUGCCAAUUGGGAUGAACUCAACCUGGACUCCUACGACGCCCUCAUCAUCCCUGGAGGCCGAUUCUCCGAACUCUUUAGCGCUCACCAUGGUGUCCUGCGCAUCGUUUCCGAAUUUGACAAAGCCCGCAAACCAAUAGCAGUCACUUGUCAUAGCCAUCUCAUCCUGGUGGCCGCCGAUGUCCUCCAAGGCAAGAAAUGCACCGCCUUUUGGAGCUUGAAGCCCAUUAUCAAGCUCGCCGGUGGCUUUUGGUCGGAACCCGAACCCAUCACUUCAUCCCUUCUCGACUCCAAUAUCAUCAGUGCCAUUGGUUGGCCAUCACAUGCCCAGUACCUCGAUCUUCUCCUCCGCUCCAUGGGAGCUAAAAUCUUGCGACAUCAGAACAGAGCAGUCCUUUUCCUUUGUGGGGAUUAUGUGGAGGAUUACGAGAUAAACGUACCCUUCCAAGCCAUGGGAGCACUAGGAUGCAGGGUGGAUGCAGUUAGUCCAGGGAAGAAGAAAGGGGACAAGUGUGUGACGGCCAUCUAUGACCAUAUCCAUGACCCAGAGGGAGUUCAGGUUUGCAGCGAAAAGCAAGGGCAUAACGUCGUCCUCACGGCAGACUUCAAUGAAAUCUGUGUCGACGAUUACGACUGCCUUGUCAUACCCGGGGGACGCUCGCCAGAUUUUCUGGUCAUGGACGAGAAGGUGAUGUCACUAGUGAAGGAAUUCGCCAACAAGAAAAAGAUUAUUUCAGGAAUAGGCCAAGGGAAGCUGCUCCUCGUUGCUGCUGGUCUUUUGCAGGGGAAGAGAUGUGCAAGCAGCAGUGCAAUGAAGGUAAUCGUGAAGGUAGGUGGUGGGUUGGUGGAAUCUACAGAGGCUGUGGCUGAUGGGGAGCUGCUUACUGCGAGCGGGUGGCCUGCACUUCCAAACUUCGUUUCUCAACUCGCCAAUCUCUUGGGUUUGUCCGUAGUCUUUUGAUCGAUUCUUUGAGCGAGUCGAGGUUUUGCUUAACUGAGCCCCGGCCUGUUCAAGUUAUUUGAACCAUAAGGCCAAAAUGUAUGUCACCAUUUCAAAAUCAUCAGAAGAAAACAGAAGUAUUUGUUAUGAUUUUGUAUUAA